AGCUAACCCGUGAUAAUUUUUCCAGACAAGAUCCAAGUCCCUGAACGCGAGAGCAUAACUUCCAACAUGCAUCCCCCGUAUUGCAAAUACUGGAAAGACGGGUCCGGGACCCACGUGACCCCUCUCUCGAUCCCCACAUGAAGAAGUCGAGGCACCAAAAGGGUGGAAAUUAUCGCCAGGCACGAGAGCAAACCGGAGAUGAGACAAAUCCCAAUAAUCAUCUGAGUUUCGGUGUUUCAUUCCUCGUAUUUGUUGUGCGACUAGGCCCGACUUUCCAAUGAGCACUGGACUGGGUUGAUCGAAACCUAGGGACUUCAUAUCUCAGAAUCAGAAUGAGCCUCAUACAACGAUCGAAUCUCCCCUUCCGAAGGGCCCUGAUACACUACCAUCCCCUCCUCCCCCGCAUCUCACAUAACUCCUACGCCACACAAAGCGAUCUUGGACGAGACUCUGGAGCCGCCCCGCGACGAAGAAACGUGACCGUUUUAUCCGAUGAUGGACGAUAUACUUGGGGAGAGCUGAGUGGGAGGGAGAAAGUGGCGAGAGCAACGCAGCAGUCGUUCAACUUUGUGGUUAUCCUGGCUGGCGUUGUAUUGACAGGUGGAGUCUUCACAUUACUGUACCAAGAGGUGUUUUCGCCAAAUAGUAAGACGUGGCAGUUUGAGAAGGCUGUCGAGCGCAUUAAAGACGAUGCCCGGUGUACGGAUAUCCUAGGUGAUAAGAGGGAGAUUGUGUUCUACGGGGAGAAUACUUCGAGUCGGUGGGCGAGGAACAGGCCUAUUGCGACGACGAUUGAGAAGGACCGAUUGGGCCGCGAGCAUCUGCGCAUGAAUUUCCAUGUUGAGGGUCCACGGAACUCCGGUAUUGUCUUCGUCCAUAUGAUGAAGCCCUUGGAUAAGAGCGAGUGGGAGUAUCAACUUCUUGCCUUGGAUGUAAAGGGUCAUUCCCGUGUUAUCCUCGAACAGGCUCAUGAGAAACCCGGGGUGGGCCAGGCGCUGAAGAUUUUCGGUAUCCAGUGGCGAUGAAAAAAAAAAAAAAAGGAAUGUUCGACUGCAUUCACCAAUAAUGACUUAUUGUAUUAUAUCAAGGCACCCAGCCUUGAAAGGUUCAUGAGAUACCUAGUGUACACCUACAGAUUCCUCACAGACCUACUACUACCCUAAAAUAAUGGUAGUCUAGGAGACUUUGAUUAAAUGAAAAAAUAAAGUCAUAUUUCAAUGCGUAUAUAGAUAUAGAUAUAGAUAUAGAUAUAUAUAUUGUGAAUACACAAGCGUAGCAUAUCAAACACGCUUAUGUGUCUGUCUUUCAUCUCACACAUAAACCAGCCAUUUCAUCGCCGAAAUCAUAUCCUAGGACCCUCCAAAAUAGGCUUUGCUUCUGCCGACCUC